CUUUUACACAACCGUACACAUCUGAGUCUUGAGAAUAUAAUACGAAGUCAUAUUUUCAUCUAAUAAUGAAUCUGCUAAUGUUGAUUUUAACAGCUGGAAUCUUAAGGAUGUCUGAUGGAUUCAUUAUUAAAGGUUCCUCAGGUCCUCUGGUUGUUCCUCUGGGAGGUUCAGUGGUUCUGCCCUGUUCUGUUGAUUCACUCUUACCACUGAAAGAUCUGGAGGUGGAAUGGAGAAGAUCAGACUCACAGACUCUCAUUCAUCUGUAUCAAGAUGAAGAUAUCAGACCAGAGGCUCAACAUCAGGAUUAUCAUGAUAGAGCUCAUUUCUUCACUGAAGACAUUAAACAUGGAAACUUCUCACUACUGUUGAACAAUCUGACAGCUGAAGAUGAGGGACAAUACACAUGUAAAGUUCACACUGGACAAGAGUCUGGAGAAACUGUGGUGGAAAUUAAACAUGCUGAGCGUUUGAUAGUGUCGGAAUCAAGCUCCAUAUCUGCGUAUGUUGGUGAUGACGUCACUCUGAGCUGCUCUGAGAACUCUCACAUCAAACCUGAAGAGAUUGAAGAGGUUUCAUGGAAGAAAACAAAUAAAGGCGAACCAAUCACAGUUCUUCUCUAUCAAUACAAUGAAAUUCUAUCAGACGCAUCAGAUGAGCGAUACAGAGACAGAGUUGAGUUCUUCGCUGAUGAAAUCCACAGAGGAAACUUCUCUCUCAGACUGAAGAGAGUCAGAACUGAAGAUAAAGGAGUUUACAUCUGUCAAGUGUUUACUGGAGAACUAUCAGCAAACACAACUGUAAUAAUAGGGCAAAUUGGUUUCUCUGGUUUACAUAUAAUGGUGUUGAUUCUCUGUAUUACUGCAUGUGGAUCUGCAGUUAUAAUCUCCUCUCUUAUCUACUGCACAUCAAGUAAUAAAAUUUUGUGUCUUCAGGUUUUGCUUGUGUUUUGUCCAAACACUAUUUUGUUUUUCGCUUUCAUGCUCUGGGGUUUUAUUGAAGGAUCUAUGCAUGAGUCUGUCUCUUGCUCUACUGUUUACAUUGUGAGACCCUUGAUGUUGUUUUGGGCGGCACCGUAUUUAAAAGACUUUCCAGAUAUAAUCAGGAAAUGGAUUGACUCUUCAAGUAUUGAUGUACAAGUUUCCAUUUUUACUGUACUAUUUUAUUCAAUAUACGACACAUGGACAAGAAAUCAAAAGUCAGCAGAUGCUGAUCAAAUUUUGAUCGCAGUUCUCUUUGUUUUAAUGCUGCUGUUGUGUCUCAUUAAAAUCAUUAAAGGUUUAGCAAACAUGAUUAUGGACAAGAAGUCCACCAACAUACAGAUACGUGAACGGAUAAAUUAUGUAUUACAAGGUUGGGACCUUUUAAGCUGUCGAGUUCUUCCUUUACUACAGUUUACCCUUCUGUUUUACAGUUUUGGAGUUGCUAAACGAGCAUUUUUCGUCACAGGAGUUUUGCCACUGAUAGUAAUGCUUUCAGAUAAGGAAUGGUAUCUUACAUGUUUUAAGUCCUUUUCUGCUUGGCUUGGGAAAACCUUACGGUUAAUAAUUAUGAUAGUCAUGAAUGCAGCUAUUUUCCCCUUGGUGUAUCUGUACUUUAAAUCACUGGAGAAUGAAAAGGAUCGCUUUGCGUUGGCCUGGAUGGUUGGACUUUUGCAAGAGCUCUCGAUGAUUCAAUUUUCAUUUGAUUAUCUGGAAUUUCCACGUUGCAAUAGUUUGUAUUUGUUCGGUGCAGUUGGUCUUGUUUUAGUGAACUCUGUUGGGCUGAUGACAGAACUCAUCCUGCAGAAAGUGAAUGGUGAACGUGCAGUGGGAGAUCUCAGAAUGGUUGUUUUUCCCUCUGAAUGUCUUUUUAUCUUAAUUGGCAUGACUGUAGAAAUAUUUACAUUCUUGAGAUCAAUUAAGACACAAAUAGAGCAAGAGAAAAUGAAAACUGAUGGAUAUAGACACAAACAAAAAACAAAGAUAACAGCAGACGUUUGUGAAAUGGAUCCUCUGCCUGCUUUUGAGUCAGACCUCAUAAACAGUCUGUAAUGUUAGAGACAGUUGGAGUAUUAUUAGUAAUAUUGGAGAUGGUCAUUAUUAGAUUUAGUGUAAUUUUAUGUGGCAUAAUUAAAUGAAUAACUAAAGCAUUAAUACUAUUAUUGUUUGCCCCUUGUUUAUAUGAUGGAUUGUCAUUCUCUUGAGGUUAUUGCAUUGUUUCACACUGAAUGAAACUGAUAAAUUACCUUUGUUCUGUUAAACUGGAAAAGACAGAUGAACAUAAAACAAAUGUCAAACGGUAGCCUAAAACAAUGGACAUGUAAAAUACUGUUAAUGAAUUGCAAUAAUUUUUAGUUUGUCCCAAAUGUAAAUAAAACAAAAAAUCCAGAUUUUGCAUAUAUAUGUUGUAUAGUCUGAUGUGAAUUUGCAUGACCUUGUUGUCUUUAUUUAUCUGAAAUAGUAAAUGCUCAUGAACGCUGUGGUCAAUUGGCUAAAAGUGCAUUGGUUUAACUCAUAACAAUGUUAUCCAUUAAAGGGGCGGUGAAUUUGUCGAUUUUAUUGUUUUAUACUGUUGUCUGAUGUCUACUUAUGAUGUUCGCAUGCUUUACAUUCAAAAACAUCAAAAGCACUAAGUAAUAGGCUAUUUUGUAACAUGGAUUAGUGGCUGUCUGGAGAAAUGGUUCGUUUGAAGGGGCGGGCCGCACUAUGAUUGGACAGCUUCAUUCCUCGUCAUUACAUGUGGGCAAAUGUUUUAAAAACAUUAAUGUGUAAAAAUAGCAGCCGAACACAUAUAUGUUUGAGCCACAAAAGAUUCUGGGUGCUAAAGAUGAUACACAUAAAUGACAAUACGUAUAUUAAAGUAGAAACAAAACUUUAAACUCGACGUGACUAAAGUACCGUAUACAACACAGUAAGCGCGCAUCAGAAUCUAAACUGCGGCUGAUAAAUCCUUAUCAAUAACUUUGCAUAUUUCUAUUGUGCUUGUGAGGUUGCUCUUAGAUACACGUAACGUUACAUACCACAGUU